AUGAUGCACUUUCCAGCAAAGAACCAUGCUGUCGGCCAAGUCCGAGAGCACGGCUUCAUGUUAAGUGAGCAAACCCUCAAGACACGAAGCAGGCUGGUUGUAAGUGUAUUGGUAGCGGUUGACUCACCUUUUGUGGUUAGGUUUGGGUAUUAUGCUGAGACCAUCAAUUAUAUGAAGACAUCUUCCGUGUAUGUGUGCAAGUUGCUGUGGCCCGCGCUAAGAGCACACGCAGGGUACCGCAAGACAAAACGAAGAGACAGCCAGGAUAUCCUAUGUUCAGGUGCAAGGUCAGUGCGGACGACUGAAAGCCAAGGCAAGCUUGUCAAUAAUCCAUCGACCCGUAAGAUUUCGAAGAUCUUCUUUUCUUGCAGGGUUGCGCCAUUAGUUCGCGAUCGAGGCUUCCACGUCGCCCUAGCAGGGGAGCUGAUGCGUCCAGGAUUCGGUGUGCUCUUUUGCUUUUUCUCCAAGAAACGGCCCCAACGAAGACAUAGAGCAUCGAUCCAUAUUCUUGAUCUUCCAGAUUGUAUGCUGUGGUCCAUAACAAGGGCAUUCUUGCAUGAGCUGUCCAGGGAGAUUUUCAGAACCCAAAGUGUCGCUGGCGUGUCGACGAGAUCGCAGCAACUCCUCCGCUCUCUUGCAAACUGGAGAUCUCCGAUUCCCACGGACUUUUCCCAGGGCCCAAUCGGAGAAACGCCUUCUUUCCCCGAGUAUCUCCGUGGCUCGCUUCUUACACGGGUUCUCCGUCCUAGUUGCCUUCUACAGGCAAAUGGAGUGUGGCUGGCAACGCGCAGCGUUAAUUGGCAUCCGACCUCAGCAGAGGUGUGGACACUGGAUACCCUUAGUGUGCAUGAGGCACACCCGGAUUCCGGGAAAUAG